UCCGCCAUCAGCGCGUGGGUCGGUGUUGAUCGUGGGCACCCGGUGAUGAUGCGGGCCGCCCCCCGCAGUUCCCGCUCCAGGAGCUCCACGUGCGAGGGGGCGGCCGCCGGCAGCCACGCGGCGGCGGCGUGCUCGAGCGCCCCGCGGACGUAGCCGUUGGCCACCGUCCUCAGGGCAUCCUCGUCCAGGCCCCAGCUGCGUCCGCCGAGGCGGCGCAGGUGAGCCAGCCGGGGGCGAACUCGUUUCCGGAGACGACGACAGUGGGCACCGAACUGGAGGCGGCGGUCGAGCUCUAUGCCGAGGAGGACUAGGGUGUCUUUCGCCUGCACCGUCUUUCCUGCCACCUUGAUGGUGCCUCGGACGGCGUCUCGGGCGUUCUGGGAGAGCACCAGUAGUUGGGUUUUCUCCCCGGCGACCAGCAUCUUGUUGUGAUGAGCCCACGCGACGAGGGCGUCUGCCGCUGUCUGCGCUCGACCUCUCGCCACCUCAAUGGUGUUGCCCGAGCAUAGAACUGCCGUGUCGUCGGCGUAUAUGUAGGGGGAGGUGCCCGGCGCUCGGAGGGCCUCGGCCAGGUCUGCCGCCCACAACAGGAACAAGUAGGGCGACAGAACACUGCCCUGGGGCAGCCCGGCGCGGAACAACCUCGACUUGGAGAGGGCUCCUUGAACUUCAACCCUCGCUCUUCUGUCGCGUAACCAUCCCCAUACCCACCGGACAAGGCAGAGGGGGAGGCCGCUCUCGAGGAGUUUCAGACGCAGUAACUUGUGGUCUACGACGUCAUACGCUCUACUGAAGUCGAAGGCUGUCAGGAGGAAUUUCUGUGCUGACUCUCCGUCCUGGCGUUUUGACCGUUUGUCUCUCUUUGGCUUCUGCCAUCCGUCUUGCACGUCUUGCACAAGUCGCCCGAUACUGUCCUCCGCCGAUCUUCCUGCUCUGAACCCCACUUGUUCGGGGGGGAUGAGUCGGCGUUCUUCGGCCAGAAACUCCAGCCGGGGGAGUAGCAUCCGCUCGGCGAGUUUCCCUACACAACUGGUGAGGGCAAUUGGCCGGUAACUUGACAGGAGCCUCUUAUCCUUCGAUGCUUUCGGUAUCGGUACCACGGUUGCCGAGCGCCACUCUUGGGGGACCGCUCCUGUCUUCCAUGACUGGUUGAUGAGGUGGAGCAGUGCGCUCCGGGCCACCGGACCAAGGUGCCGCAGCAUUUCAGGUGUGAUGCCAUCGGGGCCGGGGGACUUGCGCAGUUGUGUCUUCUGGAUGGCUUGAGCGAGUUCCUCUUCAGUGAAGGCCGAGCAGCACCCGGUGCGGUCGUUCUGACACUCGGAGCAUGUGUGUCGGUCUAUCCGGUUCAGCCGCUCCCGCGCCGCUCGGUCUAUCUUGGGACUCCUCACUUGCCUCGAGACAGUGGCAUAUUGAUGUGCAAAGGCGUUCGCCUUUGCCUCGGCGGAGACGAGAAGUCGGUCGCCGGCCUUCAUCGCUUCGCCGUCCCGGUGUUCGUCAUCUCCUCCUCCCUCCCACUUCUUGAGCAUUCGGGAGACUCGACCGACGCUGGACGGGCGGUUCAGUUCAGUGGUGACGAAUUCUCGGAAAGACUCUCGAGAGACUCGUGCCUCCACCUCUGCUGCACGCUUCUUGGCAUUGAUCCAGCGCGUCUUGGAUGAGGGAUCUUCGGCUGUCACAGCCCGUCUCGCCGCUUGUCGCUCCUCUGCCGCUCUCAACACAUCCGGAUGCAGGGCCCAUGGCUUUGCGUCUCGGCGAGCACCUCGGGGGAUGUGUCUCUUCCCGGCUUCCUGGAGUGCGGCUGUGAAGCGAGAGGACAGCUGUUGGACCGUGGCCUCCGGGAGGGGCGGCUCAGCGAGGGCCGCCUCACAGCUCCCGCGGAACUGCAGCCAGUCGGCCUUGUGGUGGGCCCACCGGGUCUUGCGCCUGCGUUGUGGGGGUUCCGACACUCCUCGGAGCUCGACCACCAUGGGUAGGUGGUCGCUCCCGAGGUCCGGGCCCCGGCUCCAGCUUGCUCUGGUCGCCAGCUCCUGACUGCAGGAGCUGGCGAGACCCGUUCACGUCACGGGAGACGUGAACGGGUCUCCCGUGAACGGGAGACGCUCGUGAAGCCGUGCGUGGUCUGCUCUGUGACAUGUCGCUCUAUGAAGUGGCGCUGAGCGAGCUGGAGACUCAAUUUGGAAACCCGACUGCUGUCGUCCAGAGCACACUCAGCAGCAUUCUUCAGCACCCGGUAGUGAAGCACAACGAUAUCGCUGGCCUGACAAGUCUGUCGCGAGCCCUGCACACGGCCGUGUGCGUACUAAAGAGCAUGGGCUACCAAGCGGAUUUGGCCGCGACCUCUUCAAUGCAGCAGGUGAUAGCCAAGCUACCAAGCACGCUGGCCUGGCAGUGGGGCCAGUUAGAAGUGGAAAUGAUGCCACACGUACCCACUCUGGAGGACAUUGAUUCUUGGCUUGGGAAAGUAGUGCUGGCGGGCCGCCGCGUUCAGCCUGCGCUCUGCUCAAAGGUACAGGACAGUGUCGCCAGAUCAGCGCAUACACCGGCACCGCUGAACAGGCGCCGGGGCGACACAAGAGGGAACACAAGUUCAGCUCAGCGCACAACUUUAGCGACUGCUUCAGGAGCGGCUGUCAGUGCUGAAUGUGUUGUGUGCCAAAGUGGCGCCCACGCACUCGCCGAAUGCCCAUCUUUUCUGGAGAAAACACCGGAGGAGCGCGGUCACAUCGUGCGCAGUGGCCGUCGCUGUUUCCGAUGUCUCAGUACUGGCCACUGGCUGAGCAAAUGUUCGAGCAGGACAGUCUGUGGAGAGCGGGGCUGCAAGGGGAGACACCAUCGCCUUCUCCAUAUACCGUCGGCGCAAUCUCCUCAUCCCGCACAAACAAGACCGACGGCGACGGCAGACGCCCGUGACGUAAUGGCAAUGACGCAGACGGAGACGCAUACAAGUCAGCGCACCUUGCUACAACUUGUUCCAAUCCGGAUUCAUGGAACUGAAGGACGCUACAAGGAUACCCUCGCACUGUUGGACUCCGGUGCCGAUACGAGUCUGUGCGAGGAGCACGUGCUUAAGGAGCUAGGGAUUGACGGAGACAGGAGGGAGCUACAACUGGCCAAUGUUGAAGGAAGCGGAGACAACAGACUCGCGAUCAGAACGAGUCUACAAGUGUCCUCCUUGUCCCCAGGAAGUAACGCCAAGACGGUCACAGUACCAGAGGUGUUCUCCGUCGUCCGACUGAAUGUGCGUCCUCAAAGCGUGGACUGGAAGCAAAGGAAGGCCUGGAAGCAUCUGGAUGACAUAGUGAUUCCAGACAACAAUGGAAAGGCCGUUGAACUGCUGCUGGGGGCCAAUGUUCUGGAGGCCAUGCUGCAGCAGGAGGUCAGAGUCGGCAAGCCAGGACAACCAGUGGCAGUACGAACCCACUUUGGCUGGUGUCUGACCGGAAAUGUGGCUCAGCUGGUGACCCAUGGCCAGCGAGAAGUGAUGCACAUUUCCAAGCACCGCUCAGCUGAUGACGAGCUGGUGACUAUGCUGAAGGACUGGUGGUCAACGGAGGCAUUUGGUACUGCGUACAACAUGAAAGAGCCGACAUCGCAGGAAGACCGGCGAGCUGAAGACAUCAUGGCAAGGACUACCACGUGGCGCGGCGAUCGCUACGAGACAGGGCUGCUGUGGUGUGAUGAAAAUGUCAAGCUGCCUGACAACUACCCCAUGGCCAUGCGCCGGCUGGAAAACACAGAGAGGACUCUGCGCCGAGCUCCUGAGAAGGCGACAGCGUACCAACAGAGUAUGGAGGAAAAUGUGAAGAAAGGAUAUGCGCGGAAGCUUGAUGAUGAGGAACUGCUGGUACAACAUGACCGCACCUGGUAUUUGCCUCAUCACGCAGUCACCAGCAAGCCAGGCAAAUUCCGCGUGGUCUUCGACGCAGCGAGCAGCUAUGGAGGUAGCUCCCUUAAUGGGCAUCUGCUGUCUGGACCGGACCUCCUAAGAUCACUCCCAGGGGUGCUGCUACGUUUCCGUCUAGGGUCUGUUGGUCUCUGCGCCGACAUAGAGAAGAUGUUCAUGCAGGUGGCUGUGAGAGCUGAGGACCAGGCCUCACUCCGCUAUCUCUGGCGCGAUCUGGAUAGCACCCGUCCGCCAGAUAUAUACCAAAUGGACAGGGUAAUAUUCGGUGCUCGGAGCUCUCCAGCAUCAGCCAGCUAUGUACUACGCCGAACAGCCCAAGAGAAGAGUGAUGACACUGUAGCUGGACGCAGAGCACGUGAAAUUGUCGAAAGAGACUUCUAUAUGGACGAUUUGGCCACCUCUGAACCAGACAACGAUACAGCACAAGAGACGGCGGCAGAAGUGACGGCGCUGCUCUCCAGGGGAGGCUUUAGACUCUGCAAAUGGAACAGCAACUCCAGGGAGGUGCUUGCGAGGAUCUCGAUGGAAGACAGAGCGGCUGGUGCCGUAGAUCUAAACGCGUCACUACCGACACAGAAGGUCCUGGGUGUGCAGUGGGAUGCAGAGCUAGAUGAGCUGAGUCCCAGUGCUCCGACAGUCACGAAUGUCGGGCCGACAACGCCAACUACAAAGCGCGAGAUUUUACGGGUUAUCGCUGGUAUUUUUGACCCGCUGGGGCUGGCGAGCCCUUUCCUGGUCAUGGGGAAGAUGAUACUGCAGACACUGGUCGACUGAACAACACACCUGGGACAGGCCUCUCUCUGACGAGGAGUGCAGCGAAGUGGCAGCUUGGAUCUCAGAGUUGUCGUCCGACUGAAUGUGCGUCCUCAAAGCGUGGACUGGAAGCAAAGGAAGGCCUGGAAGCAUCUGGAUGACAUAGUGAUUCCAGACAACAAUGGAAAGGCCGUUGAACUGCUGCUGGGGGCCAAUGUUCUGGAGGCCAUGCUGCAGCAGGAGGUCAGAGUCGGCAAGCCAGGACAACCAGUGGCAGUACGAACCCACUUUGGCUGGUGUCUGACCGGAAAUGUGGCUCAGCUGGUGACCCAUGGCCAGCGAGAAGUGAUGCACAUUUCCAAGCACCGCUCAGCUGAUGACGAGCUGGUGACUAUGCUGAAGGACUGGUGGUCAACGGAGGCAUUUGGUACUGCGUACAACAUGAAAGAGCCGACAUCGCAGGAAGACCGGCGAGCUGAAGACAUCAUGGCAAGGACUACCACGUGGCGCGGCGAUCGCUACGAGACAGGGCUGCUGUGGUGUGACGAAAAUGUCAAGCUGCCUGACAACUACCCCAUGGCCAUGCGCCGGCUGGAAAACACAGAGAGGACUCUGCGCCGAGCUCCUGAGAAGGCGACAGCGUACCAACAGAGUAUGGAGGAAAAUGUGAAGAAAGGAUAUGCGCGGAAGCUUGAUGAUGAGGAACUGCUGGUACAACAUGACCGCACCUGGUAUUUGCCUCAUCACGCAGUCACCAGCAAGCCAGGCAAAUUCCGCGUGGUCUUCGACGCAGCGAGCAGCUAUGGAGGUAGCUCCCUUAAUGGGCAUCUGCUGUCUGGACCGGACCUCCUAAGAUCACUCCCAGGGGUGCUGCUACGUUUCCGUCUAGGGUCUGUUGGUCUCUGCGCCGACAUAGAGAAGAUGUUCAUGCAGGUGGCUGUGAGAGCUGAGGACCAGGCCUCACUCCGCUAUCUCUGGCGCGAUCUGGAUAGCACCCGUCCGCCAGAUAUAUACCAAAUGGACAGGGUAAUAUUCGGUGCUCGGAGCUCUCCAGCAUCAGCCAGCUAUGUACUACGCCGAACAGCCCAAGAGAAGAGUGAUGACACUGUAGCUGGACGCAGAGCACGUGAAAUUGUCGAAAGAGACUUCUAUAUGGACGAUUUGGCCACCUCUGAACCAGACAACGAUACAGCACAAGAGACGGCGGCAGAAGUGACGGCGCUGCUCUCCAGG